CCAAAGUGAUUCUACAUAUACAAGUUGUAGGUGUAUGUUACUCUGCAUCUAAAACCUUUGAGCUUUGUAAGGGAGGAAAGCUUCUAGUAUAGUGGGAUAUGAAGAGUUGAAGUUUGGUACUUUUAGACAGAAAAAGAAGGUGGAAGCAGUGUUAAAAGAAAAGGAGCAUGAUGAAGUUUCUAAGGUGUGGAGGGAACAUAUGUAUGAAUAAUGAUGACGUAGAAAAUAACUGCAGGAGAGAAGAAGAAGCUUCAGGGAAUGUGAUUGAAGAAAACACAUUGCGAAGCUCAGAAGAACGACGCAGUGAGGAAGCUAAAACACAUGGGUGGUGGUUGUUGCCAAAGAGAACAUACGAAGAAAUAAAAAGGAAAAACCCUGAGUACGAUUGGAAGAGAGAAAUAAACAAUGACAGUGACACUAUAAAGCAACAGACUCCUAUGGAAAACACGGUGCUGCAUAUAGCAGCUCUCUAUGGAAAUGAUGAAUGCAUGGAAAGGGUAGUUGAAAUUGGUCCACAUCUUCUGAGAGCAAAAAAUAGUAAUGGUGAUACACCACUGCAUGUUGCUGCAAGAGCUGGCAACAUCUCUGCUCUUCGAAAGUUGGUGAUCGCAGUUUCUCGAAAUUCAAAAUUUGAACAACUCAAAGAGGCACUCAGUGAAACCAACAACCAAGGAAAUAAUUUAUUUCACGAGGCCUUGUUGAAUGGUCACAAAGACGUAAUAGACAUUCUAAACUUAUCAGAGGGGUUGAAGAAAUUCAUUAUGGAAAAUUUGUUUGUUAGUAGAAACAAUAAAAAGACAUCAGUUGUGGACUUGGCAUUUGAGAAAUGCUAUGAGAACAUUAUUGAUGUUGUGUUGAGCGGAAUAAUACCUAAUCCAGGACGAAUUCUCACUGCCGAUUUGUCCAUGGCAAACGCAAGAAUGGCGACGUGUGUAGAAAAUCAUGGAAUCCUAUCACCACCCUUCGUGGCAAUCUUAAAACAGAAGCCAGGUAUUCUAGAGAAAAUAGUAAGCAAAAAGAAAGAAUGGAUUCAUUUUAAGGAUGACAGGGGAAGAAAUGUUCUUCACUAUGCAGCAUCUACAGGUUACCUCCAUGGUGUUAAGUACUUACUUGAAAACUGUGAGACCUGCAAUAUGGUUGGAGACAACGAUGGUCUUUUUCCUCUUCAUCUGGCUUCUGCAUGUGGACAUAUUGAAGUGUUAAAGAAAUUGUUAGAAAACUGUCCAAAUCCUAGAGAAAUAGUUGAUAAGAAAGGUAGAAAUAUUGUUCACAUUGCAGCUAUAAUGGGAAAGUUUAAUGUGGUAAGGUACGUCUUGCAAGAUACAAAUGAUGGAGUUAUAGAUAUGAUAAAGGACAAGGAUUGCGAUGGAAACACUCCUUUGCAUUUGGCUGCCUCACACUGCCAUUCAAAAAUUGUGCAAGCCUUGACAUGGGACACUAGAGUGGAUCUCCAUUGUCUUAACAACAAUAACCAAACAGCUCUUGAUGCUUUUGAGCAAUUUAAAGAAGAAGAUUAUCCACCCUUCCCACAGCGGCUAACAUGGUGUCAACUAAAAUCUGCCGGUAUACAAAAUGCUGAAAUAGGAUCACACUCUAUUGAGGUCCCUUCUUCUCCUUGCAAACCAAAAUCCAAAGACGCGGAAUUUUAUAAAGAUAGAAUCAACACCCUUAUGUUGGUUUCAACCCUUAUAACUACAAUAGCAUUUGCCGGAGGUUUUACUUUGCCUGGUGGAACUAAUAGUUCUACUCCAGGACAAGGCAUGGCUCUUAUGCUAAAUCACGUGUGGUUUAAACCAUAUAUUUUAUGCACCACAAUAUCCAUGUAUGGCGGCAUUAGUGUCACUAUUAUACUCAUUUGGGCUCAAUUAGGAGAUGUAACUUUGGUUCUUUUUGCCCUUAAAGUGGCAAGACCAAUUUUAGGAGUCACUCUUGCAACCUUAUCAAUUGCAUUCUUGGCUGGUGUCCACCUUGUUAUAAGCGAUCUCAAUUGGUUGGCCACUACUGUUCUCAUUUUGUGUGUGAUCUUCAUUCUCCUGCUUUUGUUACUAUACACUCUUCUCUGGUUUCCCUCAAAAUCAAGCAACCUAAUGAUGCGAUACAUUUCUUUCUAUCCUUUCCAGUUUCUCACAUGGUUACUUGAAAAAGACUCAAUUUAAGAUGAUGUUGCAGGUAGAUCUGGUGAGGCAUAGAGCUAGAGCGGGGCCAGACUGGGAGAAUUUUUUUUCCAUUUUUACUAUGUUUUGAAUAAUUUGUAAACCUUUAUAUUAUCAAACCUGGAUGUAUAUUUGAGUUUUAUAAUGUAUGAAUUUGAGUUAUUUUUACAAUUAAAUAAAUGUUUUAAA